GACUCCAAUUUCAACGAUUUGAUCUCUCCGACCAUCAGGCGCCAUGGAGGAAAAAACCUCGGACGCCGCCGCCUCCUCCUCCUCGGCGCAGCUGUCUUCGUCCCAACUUGUUCCAAAUCUCCCCGACGACGUCGCCAUCCAAUGCCUAGCGAGGAUUCCUUACUCUUACCAUUUCUCCCUUUCCCUCGUCUCCAAAUCCUGGCGUGCCGCCUUCAAAUCUCCCCUCCUUUUCGCCAACCGAUUGCUUCUCAACUGCACCCAGAACUUCCUCUACCUUAAUCUUCGGAUCAACUCCUCCUUCACCUGGUAUCUUCUCGCUCUCAACCACCCAUCAAAUCAUUCCAAACCUAGAUCACUAAUUCCACUCCCUCCUCUUCCAUCCCAACCGAUCGGUGCCGCCUUCACCAUCUUGGCCCCCAAGAUCUAUCUACUGGGCGGUUCGAUCAACGAUAUUCCCUCAAACAGUGUUUGGAUUUUCGACUGCCGAUUCCGGAGAUGGGAAAUGGGCCCAAAGAUGCGUGUCGGUAGAGAAUUCGCCGCCGCAGGCGUCGUGAACGGGAAGAUAUACGUGAUGGGUGGCUGCGUUGUUGAUAAUUGGUCCCGAUCGAUGAAUUGGUCGGAGGUUUUCGAUCCUGCAACUGGGUCAUGGUCAGCUGUCCCUAGUCCUAUAGAAAUUAGGGAUAAGUGGAUGCAUGGAAAUGCAGUUAUUCGUGACAAGAUAUAUGCUAUGGCAGAUAGGGGUGGCGUUGUGUAUGAUGCUGCUGCUGGGCAGUGGAGUGAUGUUCCAAAGAGGCUUGAUUUGGGAUGGAGAGGAAGAGCUGCUGUGGUUGGAGGGGUUUUGUAUUGCUAUGACUAUUUGGGGAAGAUUAGAGGGUAUGAUGUGGAUGAAAACAAAUGGAAGGAGUUGAAAGGAAUGGAGAAAGGCUUGCCAAAGUUCUUGUGUGGUGCUACAAUGGUGAACAUGGGAGAUAGGUUAUGUGUUGUUUGGGAAGGAAAGAAUAAUGGUAAAGAGAUGGAUAUAUUUUGUGCAGAGAUUGAUGUGUGUAGAGAUACCAAUGGGGGAUUGAAUGGUUCUAUCGCUUGGUGUGAUGUGAUUCUUUCGGUUCCAAAGAGGUCUACCAUUGUUCAUUCUAUGGCGGUUGGAGUAUGAAAAUUCCUUAAUCUAGCUAUUCUGGCUGAGACCAGCAAAACUAGAUUCAAUGCUUAUCCCUCAUUUGAAUCCAGAUGUCUCCACAACUAGACUCAAUGUUAAUCCCUCAUUUGAAUCCAGAUGUCUCUACAACUCGAUUCAAUGUAAAUCCCUCAUUUCAAUCUAGAUGCUCGAGAUGAGAAUCGAGUUUGAGAGCAAGGGUGGUAAGUUAUUCAAUUCAAGUAUUUUUGUCAUCUUAGCUAUAUACAGGAUUGCCAUAUGCUAUUGCUUUACUUCAAUGUAAUAUGUUUUGGCCAAUGUUUAUUUGACAUUAAUAGUUAAGGAUUAUUAUUUUCUUA